GUAACGUUCCCCUCUCCCCUCAUUCUGUGCCUGAAGCAGAGCAGAGCCACAGCAGUUGGGAAUACCCCUAGAGCCACCCCUAAAAUGAAAUCAAGGCGCGGCCAGUUCCGCAAGGGCCGAUUAAGCUGACCGACACUGUAACCCUCUUAAGUCUAGAACUGGCAGCUCCUCGCUCCGCCCGCCCGCCCCCAAUCUAGACCACUGCCAACACCACCAUCGUCCCCUUAGUUGUUGUACCUUACGUGACCAAGUUUUCGAGGUCGACCCGGUCGUCGCGAAGUCGACGCGCCGUUGAAGCUCCUACAGCACGAUGACCUCCACGCUCGCGCUCGUCCUGAGCGCUGUGUGUACCACAUAUGUGUUUCUUUCCGCUCUCCUUCACUACACCCAAGACGCAAGGGAGCCUCCGGCCGUCGAGACUUCGGUGCCGUUCGUUAGCCCGCUGUUUGGUCUCGUUCCGGGCAUGCAAAAGUACUUGGUGAAACUAAGAGACAAGUAUGGGCUCCCGAUCUACACUCUGCGCAUGCCGGGCCAGCGCAUCUACGUCAUCAACUCUCUGUCACUCAUCCCGCCGCUCCAACGCCAGAUCAAGACUAUCGCCUUUGCGCCCAUCGAGGCCCAGGCGGCAGCCACCGUGAUGGGAGUCGGCCCGGCUGGAAACGCGAUCAUAGGCGCGGACAAUAUGUUGGAGGACGGUUCGUACCUGGCCACCUUCGUGCCUUCUACGCACCCGGCCCUAUCCCCGGGUCCCGGCCUGGACGCCCUUAACGGUGCGGCAAUCCGACGCAUCGCAGAUUCUUUACAGAAGCUCAGCGGCGACGGUUCGACGACGAUCGAACUGUUUUCUUGGGUACGCCGAGAGCUGUUCAUGGCUACCACCGAGUCCAUCUACGGGCCGAAGAAUCCGUUUCGUGAUCCUGUUCUCGAGCAGGCAUGGUACACAUUUGAGCCAAGCAUCAUGUUCCACAUGCUUAAGGCAUGGCCGAGCGUCCUGGCGCGCGAAAGCGUCUACGCACGAGAACAGCUCAUUAUUCCCGCCUUCGAGAAAUAUUUCGCCGAGAACAGCCACCUACAAGGCUCGGUCCUUGUCCAGUGCCGCUACCAGCACAACGUAGGCCACGGUCUGCGCGGUAGAGAUGUAGCAGCCACUGAGAUCGGCCAGAUGGUGGCGUCCCUAACCAACAGCGUGGCCAGCGUGUUCUGGAUGGUCUACCACGUCUUCUCCGACCCCGUAGUCCUCGACGAGUGCCGGAGAGAGGUGGAGCAACUCGUGCAGGUGGACGACAACGAUGUGCACACCGUCGACCUCGCCAAGGUUAAAUUUUUAUGUCCCGUUCUCUUCUCGACGUGGCAGGAGACCCUGCGUUACGUGCACAUCGGCAUCGCUGCCAGGGUAGUAAUGGAGGACAUCACGUUCGACAACAAGUACCUCCUCAAGAAGGGCGCCACCGUCAUGACCGCAACCCCCGUCCAGCACACGGAUACGUCGGUAUGGGGCCCGACGGCGGCGAGUUUCGACCACCGCCGAUUUCUGCGGGGGCCGGGCGGGAAGCGCCCGAACCCUGCCGCGUUCCGCGCCUUUGGCGGCGGGGCGGUGCUCUGCCCGGGGCGCCAUUUUGUCAGCACCGAAGCCAUGUCGUUCGCGGCCCUGUUGCUGCUCCGCUUCAACCUGAAGCCUCUAACCAAGGACGGCGAGUGGGCCGUGCCGCGGAAGCAGUUCCCUAUGACAUCGUCUAUGCCGACGCCAAAAGAUGAAGUCCGGGUGGAGCUGGUGCCGAGAGACAGACGGGAGUGGCGCAUCAACUUCUCCGCAUCCAGCAAGGGUAUGGAGAUUACCGCUGAGGAUGUGGCUGGGGGUGACCAUUAAGCAUUUACCUACGAUUCACAUCGUGCUCCUAAUCGUGUCUAGGCCACGCCCGUUAGACAGGUUCAAGUGGCAAUUAAUUGUGUAUAUCAUUCGUCGAACGUGUCGACCCCCAAGCGAGUUGACAGGUGAACAUAUAAGAUUUCUGUGUGUUACAUUCUCGCGAUUUUUCCUCUACAGACGGGCGGGGUUUAGUUCCGCUGCCGUAGUGAAACAACAAACCAACCUCAUUGUUUUACAGCCUUAUAAUAGCUGUUCAUAAACCGGGCGCGUCGUGUCUUCCGUUAACUUGCUUUGGGCACCGUGCCCGGCCCGUUUGAGGUCCCGAUCCGUCAGGUUGUCGAGAUCAUCCUAAUACUAAUUACCGGACAUUACGCAGCAGCGAGACCACACUACCUACGUGAGGAGCACCGAAAUUGCGCCAGGUUGCCAUACCAAUUUCCAGUCGCUAGAACUGUAGGUAGCUGGGUAGCAACGGGAAGCCGAGAUUUCCAGUUGGAGAUGAAGGAUGCGGUAAGGGAACGGAUACUACGGUAAGGUGGGGUGCAAAUGAAUACCGUGCCUCCUCC